AUGAACACAAUCAAAUCCACUUGGAUUGGCUGGGGCACCCUUUGCGCCGCCGGCGGCGGUGCUUACUACUUUGCCAAAAAAUCCAUCAACGCCGACCGACAAGCCCGGUUUGAGACCGAAAUGAAGCGCAAGGCCCAGAACAAGGCCAUGGAAGAUGAGCACCGACGACAGGCCGUCUUAGCCGGACCAGCCUUAACGCCGACCCCAAGUGACGACGUCAGCUUGAAGCGCGCGAAUAUGUCCCGAUUUCAGAAUGCUGCCGACGACGUCGCCUCGCCCAGUGCCGAAGCUUCGCACGACCCGGCUGCGACCCGCCAUGAACCCAUGACUGAAAAUGACCGGGUAUUGGAGAAAGGAAAAUAUGAGGCGGCAGAGCCGUUCCGACCUCCACGUGGCAAUCGUUUCAGUUAAGGUGGUUCAGCGGUGUCCAUUGUAUUUUAUCUUUGGUCUGUACACUAUCGCAUAUAAAGUCUGGCCGAUUUGAGGUUGUGGCUUAACAAUAUACUUGGACUGGUUCUAUUGAUGUGAUCUUCAAGAUUUAUUCUCGGCCCGGGUAUUCAGGUUAGCGUGACAGCGGGAAACGAAUCCGCUACCGUCGAGUACAGACCUAGGUGCCUCCUGACUCAUGAGUCACAUUAGGUUACGCUGAGGCC